AGCCAUUUUGGCUCAGAGCCUGCUCGCCGCGCCUGCGCCCCCCGCCCGCGCGUUGGCUCGAGCUGGCUACGGUCAUGGCCGACGCGACGGCGGCGGCGCUCCUCUCUGUGAUCGUGCGUGCUGGCGCUUCACGGCAAGUCGUGGCGGCAACAGCGGUGGCCCUGUGGCGUGCGGCUCGCGCCGACGAGCCCAGCACCAUAGCGGAGGAGAAGGACGUGGACGAGGAGGUGCAGGCGCGAGUGGAGCGCAUCACCCCCGUGCUCCGCGCGAAGGUGGUCGCGGCGCACGCCGAGUCCAAGCCGAACAUUGAUGGCGAGAUGAAGGCGCAGCGCAACAUGGCGGAGCACGCCCUCUUCGGCGAGGGCGCCGACGCGCUCCCCAAGAACGGCAAGGAGGCGAAGCGGCGACAGCGGACACGACGGCACCGAGCUCCUGAUGGCGUGCACGGCGGUGCCACGCCCUCCGAGUCGGAGCUCAGCGAGGGCAUCAAGGGCGAGGCCACCAGCCCCGACCUGCAGACGCAGUUGCAGGACAUCAGCAAGACCCUCGACACGGCGCGCGUGGCGAUCCAGCACACGAUGCAGGACGCGAAGGGCCACAUCGAGAAGUUCCUGACGCAUGCGGCGUCCGACGAGACCAACGCGCAGCCCCAGUACGGCAUGGGCCUCGUUACGGACACGGCCCACGUGGUCUACAUGUUGGAGAUGAUGCACGAGCUCGCCAAGAGCUUCUUGCCCGACGCCGUUGCCGCGCGCAUCGACGCCCCCGACGCCUCCGUGCCAGCGCCAGCCACAUGAGGUCCGUGUUCGGCGUCUACGUGUUCGUGUACCCGGGCGGGUGCACCAGGUGUUGUACCUGUUCUGAGCGGGCCCGCGGGCCCGUCCCUUCGGACGUACGCUGUCCCUCAUCUGACGAUUCCUGACGAUUCCUCCUCCUCCUCCUCCUGCUCC